AUGCACUCUCCCAAGAAAAAAGAAACCUCUCUAGCAAUACACACUAAGCUGAGCAUGUACAGAAGGGCUACGGGUUCAGUAUGUCUUAACAGUGUGGACAUUUGAACAAGAGGAGGGGCAGAGAAGAAAGGAUCAAAUGGCCUUUUUACACAAUGCAGAGGAUUAACCCCUUAGUGAGUAUAACAAGCAUGCCUUACUGCAAGGGGCGGACUGACAACUCAUGGGGCCCCCGGGCAAUAGGGGAUCAUGGGGCCCCUGUGUACUCGCCCACACUCAGA